AUGGCUUCUAAGAAGGAUAUGCGGAGGUUCGACCUCGCCAUUCCCUACGUCGACCCUCCCAAGGAAAAGAAUGAAGCCGACAUGACCGGUGCUAUGUCUAGCACUAUGCCCAUGGCAGCGAUGUUCACCCGGAACAGGAUGAUCGGAUGGGUCUCAUUCGUCUUUUCGCUGCAAUCAUGGUUGGGAGAAACCGCAGAACAGAAGAAGACUGCUUCUACACCGGCAUACAUGUCCGUUAUGAUGUCUUUGUUGGCAUUGGGUGUUACCUACCUCCCUAUCUUCCUCCCUCCCCCCGCGGUACAAACCGAAACCGCUUUUAAGGGCCGUUUACGACAAAAGGCCGAGUUUAUGUCCAUCGAAAACCUCAAGACCUUCGACCCCUUCGCCGAAGCUGACGAAGACACCGGCGAGACUAAGCAGUCUCAAAAUUACAUCCAUAUACGGAUUCAACAGCGCAAUGGUCGAAAGACCUUGACUACGGUCCAGGGUCUCCCUAAAAAGUUCGAUCAGAAGAAGAUUCUGAAGGUGAUCAAGAAGAAGUUCGCUUGCAAUGGCACCAUCGUCAACGAUACUGAGAUGGGCGAAGUGAUUCAGCUCCAGGGUGACCAGCGUAAAGAUGUUCAGGAGUUCCUGACCGACAAGAAGGAGGGUCUCGAGCUGGACGCCAAGACCAUUAAGGUCCACGGUUUCUAA